AUGUCCUCUAGCCGAUGCCGAAUCUUCACAGAUCUGCGCAGUCAGCACCUGCUUCAGGGCCAACUGCUGCGAGAACACUCUCGAUGCACGCCCAAAGCGUUGUCAACCGCCGUGGUAAAAUUGGAUGCCAUCGAACAGUCCAUCGCCCUCUUGCGCUAUAAGAAAAAGCAUGCCGAGAGUCUACCUUCCGGGCUUCGGAGUUUUCCAUUCGCUAGCCAUGUCUCCCACAUUCAUGCGAAGUCGUUGAGCACCUACGCCGUAAGGAAGGAUUCUGACGACCAGCACCAUGAAAUUUCCGAUGAAGACACGAGAAGUGAUUCUACCGACCAUAGGGAACUAGCUACCGAUCUCACAGAAACGGAGCAGUUUGCCCUACGUUUUAUUCCAGGGAAAGGGCGAAGCGAAUGGUCAACUUCAUUGAGGCGGAGAUUGAACGUACCACCAAAUCAGACAGCACCAACGAGGGCCUUUAAAACAAAGGCGAGGUUGUACAGAGGUCUAGACAAGCGCAUUCUCGAGAGUAGAACGCAGGAUUUUGCACAUGCUGGCGAUCUCAAUCUUUUCCUGGGAGCACUCAACGAUAAGUCCAAGUCCAACCAAUAUGUUUUCAGUCUAUACAAACGUCUGCCUUCGCCGGGCGUCAGAAUUCUUACCCGGAAUGAAAGAAUCAAGCUUCUGCAUCGUUUUGCACACCCGCCAGAUAGACGCCGGUCUAAUGCCCGCAACUUUCUGAGCAUUUUCGAUGAUAUGAUUCAGUCUGGCUUUACGCUUUCCAGAUCGAUGUAUACAUCUGCGAUAUAUUUCAUAUCCCACAAGGUACCUGUCCUAGAGGGACGGGACCUGCAAGAUGCCAUCACUGUCUGGCAUCGAAUGGAGAAGACGCAUGGCCAAAUUUCAGACAACGUGGUGUUUGAGCUUCUCUUUAGGAUUGCUUCAAACACGGGCAAUUUCACAGUGGCCGACCGCAUACUGUCAGAGAUGACGUCUCGGGGAAUGGAGCUUUCUCGAAAUGGCCAUAUGUCAUUAAUAUACUCCUACGGGAAGAGGGGAGAUGUUGAUGCAAUACACCGAAUGUUUCAAUCCUAUGUCCAUUCAGGACAAAUAGUUGACACGGUUGUUCUCAAUUGCUUGAUUUCGUCUCUUCUCAACACAGGAGAACUAGAGACGGUUGAACAACUCUAUUCUUACAUGAUGCACGAACACAGAAAGACAAUCGGCAUCACCCCGAAAGAGCGUCGGAAUGCCGUGUUCGGCCCGUCUCUGUCCCCUGAAUUUGCUGUUUGGAAAUUGAAUGCCAAAGGACUCAGAUCGGUAUUCGACAACUACCUGCAGUCGAGACGAAAACUGCUCGAUGAGAAGACGCCAUCAUUGCAGAAUGUUGUUCCCAUUACUCCUGACACGAGAACAUUCCAUAUCCUUUUUCGCUACCACUGCCUUUUUACAGGCGAUAUCACAGCUAUCAGUCGGCUUUUGAUGGAUAUGGAGCAGGUCUUUGAUGUGCCGCCCCGACCAAUUGUUUAUUACUUUCUGUUCCGUGGCUUUGCUCUUCACCAGGAAACAAAGGGUUGGACGGCUGAGAGGCUCCGGGAAGUUUGGAGAGCAUUUAGGCGUACAUUAUACGAAUCCUACACGAGAGUGGGCCGUCUUGAAAACGGUGAGGCGUUGUCACCAAGAUGGGAAAAUCCGCUACAAUCAAUCUGUAAAGUCGCCGUUGAGCCUUCUCACGACAAUGCAGGAGAGCAAGAAGAGAAAAAUCAUAGAACAGGGGACGGAGAGACCCAAGGCCAGAUAUCUGCUGAAAGCCAGAGCCACCGCGACAACAUUGAAGGCGACACCAUCCCGGAGGAGGAAAACCUGAUGAAACUAUUUGACGAGGUUGAGCAAUUGGGACAAUUCCAUAGACAUUGGUAUCCCGACGAGAAGUUGUCGCGACGAAUUGAGAAUGGUGUCUUCCUCAGCCGCGAGCUCAACAUUGUCAUCUUGAAAGCCUUUGGUGCUCAUUUUGGAACCAAUACUCUACUUCGCGUCUUUUUAGAGAUUGAGAGGAUGUGGAAACCCUGGAAGAGGUUGGGGCAUGAUGUACAGGGCGUGAAGAAAGAGCUACAGAAGCAGCUCGUUAAGGCGCAAAACAGGGAGCGGCACUCGUUAUAG